AUGCCCGCAGCGGGCAUGGAUUCACAUCUUGACGAAGGCCAGGAGCCGAACGAUGUCUCCGAGCAACCCGAUCUCCACAAGCCAUCAGCCCCAGAGGACGAUGGGCGGAGUGAGAGCUCAGAGGGCGAGCGACCACCUCUGCCACCACGGCCAAAUACAUUGAGUCUAUUGAACGAUGAAACAGCCUCCCGUGCGACCUUGCAGGCAGAGGCAACGACUGCAAUCUCGCGAGCCGAGAUCGGGACACAUUCACCGGGGAAGGGUGGGAGCCCAUAUUCAACGUUGACUGCCCGCGGUCUAUCCCUGGGUCCUAAAGCCAAGGCCAGCCUCAGCCAGUUGGCGAGUCCCCGAGAUAGCGAGGCUGGUGAUUCGGCUAGCAUUCGAAGCUCGAUCCCGAAUGCCGACGCUGGGGACGUGGAGGGGCUGUUCUUGGACUUUGCUGCCACGGGGGCUAGCGGCCAAGAAGGCCAGGGCACAGGCUUACUUGAGUUCCCUGAAUUUGCAGCCGACGAUAUAGACGACGACGGUAUUUUGAGCGAGUUUGAGUCAGUCGGCGAGCUGAAUGAGGAUGGCGAUAACGAAGAAUUGCUACUUGAACGAUGGAAGGCAAAGCGCAAGCACUAUGUGAUUCUCUCCGCGGCUGGUAAGCCGAUUUGGACGAGGCAUGGUGACAGCGGACUGAUAUCUGGCUAUGUCGGAGUUAUCCAAACCAUCAUAUCAUUCUAUGAAGACGCAGACGACCAUCUGCGCAGCUUCACAGCCGGCGAUACCAGGUUUGUCAUUCUGACUCGAGGGUCAUUGCAUCUAGUUGCAAUUAGUCGCAUGAUGGAAAGCGAAAAUCAGCUGCGGCUGCAACUGGAAGCAUUGUACAUGCAAAUCCUAUCUACAUUGACCCUUCCUUCUCUCACUCAUCUCUUCUCGGUGCGACCUUCCACCGAUCUAUCACGGCCUCUCCAAGGCACGGAAUCACUUCUCUCAUCUUUGGCAGACAGCUUUACCCGAGGAUCUCCAUCCACAUUGCUCUCAGCUUUGGAAUGUCUCAAAAUUCGCAAGCAACAUCGCCAAAGUAUCAGCAAUGCACUGCUAAAGACCAAAGCUAGCAAUCUGCUUUAUGGUCUAGUUGUGGCCGGCGGGCGCCUCGUCAGCGUCAUAAGACCCAAGAAGCAUUCUUUGCAUCCAGGCGACUUACAGCUCUUAUUCAACAUGGUUUUCGAAGCCGAUGGAGUGAAGGCUGGCGGCGGAGAGAACUGGAUUCCCGUCUGCUUACCUGGAUUCAACAGCAGUGGCUAUCUGUAUAUGUAUGUCAGCUUUCUGGAUCUCCGUGACGACAUUGAGAACAGCGCAGAAAUCACGAAAGAUGAAUCUGUUGCGAUCGUUUUCAUCAGUCCGGAUAAGGAAGCUUUCUAUGACAUGCAAGAAAUGCGCGACGCUUUUGUAGAGCAAAUGGAGAAGAACGGCAGCCUUAAGGAGAUCAAAAUUGCAAUUGAUAAUGGCCGUCCUGCAACGACUGAUAUAGUUCCCGGGACGGUCCUUCAUCAUUUCUUAUAUAAAUCGCGUGCGAAUGUGCAAUUCACUAUGUCUUCGUACACCCCUGAAUUCUCCUCAUUAACACGACGACGGAGGUUGAUGUCUAUGUACAACAACCUACACUCUAGCAUACAUGCCAAAAACACUCACGUCAAGGUCCAUCACUGUGUUUCGCGCUCAGCAAGCUCUUUUGGAUGGGUCACGCCAGUGUUCGAACUCUAUUGCAUUGCAGAGCCAAACACAAACCGAAAUGCACUUGCGCAAAGCGCAAGCAAGAUUGCUCAGUGGGUACAGCGGGAAGAGGAGAGACUCUUUAUUAUCGGGGGUGCAGUUUUCUAA